AUGGCAAAUAUUGUUGACGAUUUUAGUCGCAAUUUGCAAGCUGAAUUGGAGACGAAUUUUGCCAUUCAAAGGUCUCAAAGACUUACAUUUGAUACGGGCCCAAUUGUUCUCGAUUCUCAACAAUUGGGAAUCGAGAAUAUUGAUACGGUCAAGGUUGAUACUGCGCCGCAACCUCCUGUGACUUACCACGAUAUUGGGGAUCCGAGCAACAUUUGUCAAAACUGCAAUGCAAUCUUUUGGUUUGAAGAGAGAAUGAAUAAAGCUGCACGUUACGGGACACCAAAAAUGCAGAAAAGCGGUGGUCGUUGUCGGGUGUCGCAACGUGAGUUCUUCGCUUACCGGAUACAUGAGAGGUUUAACGAGAUGUCCACAAUAUUAUAUGCACGGAGACUUUUUCAGCAAUUCCUGGUAGAUGCGUACACAAUGGUUGAGUCCAGCAGGCUUAUGUAUAUUAGAAAUAAUCAAAAGUCCUUGAGGUGUGAAGCAUACAAAGGCCUUUCAGAUGCGUUGACCAGAGGAGAAGUUGACACUAGCAAACAAGGUAAAAGAAUAAUAUUGCCAUCCAGUUUCACUUGUGGUGCUAGAUAUAUGAUCCAAAACUAUCAGGAUGCUAUGGCCAUUUGUCGACAUAAGGGUUAUCCAAAUUUAUUUAUCACAUUUACAUGCAACCCGAAGUGGCCAGAGAUUCAAAGAUACAUGAAAAAAUGCAACCUCAACGCAGAAGAUAGGCCAGACAUUGUAUGUAGGGUGUUUAAGAUGAAGCUGGACUGCUUAGUCAAAGAAAUACGGUCGGGCACACUAUUCGGUACAAUUACUGCAGAAUCAAUGGACAGUUUCAUUUCAGCUGAAAUUCCUGACAAAGAGGUAGACAUUGAAUACUACAAAGCUAUUGAAGAGUUUAUGAUUCAUGGACCGUGUGGAUUACAUAGACCAAAAUCUCCAUGCAUGGUAAAUAAUAAGUGUUCAAAGCAGUUCCCAAAGAAAUUUGUUAAUGUAUCAAGUUGGGAUGAUGAUGGGUAUCCGAUAUACAAGCGAAGUGAAAGUUCUAGAAUUGUGGAGAAGAAUGGUGUGCAGCUCGACAGUAGAUAUGUGGUACCGCAUAAUAGAUAUUUGCUUCUCAAGUAUAAGGCACACAUCAAUGUGGAGUGGUGCAAUCAAUCUAGGGCGAUCAAAUAUCUUUUUAAGUACGUGAACAAAGGCAACGACAGGGUCACUGCAGAAUUCUACAAAAGCACAAGUGAUGAGCAACAAAAUGACACUGUUGAUGAAAUAGCAAUGUAUUACGAUUGCAGGUACGUCUCUGCGUGCGAGGAAACUUGGCGUCUUUUAAGCUACGAUGUCCAAUUUAGGUACCCACCAGUUGAAAGACUAAGUAUCCAUCUACCUGAAUGCCAAUCUGUUGUUUUUGAGGAUGAUGAUCGUAUAGAUAAUGUCUUGAAUCGACCUACAGUCAAUCAAAGUAUGUUCACCGCUUGGUUCGAGGCUAACAAGAAAUUUGAUUCAGCGAAGCAGUUGCCAUACAUUGACAUGCCAACAAAGUUUGUUUGGAAGAAGGAUAUCAGAGAGUGGCAUCCCAGGCAAAGGGGGUUCUCAAUUGGAAGAAUUUUUUAUGUACCUCCAGGAAGUGGUGAAAUAUACUACUUGAGAUGUCUUCUAAAUGUAGUUCGAGGACCGACUAAUUGGGAGGACAUCAAGUCAUAUAAGGGUGUCAUAUACCCCACUUUUCGAGAUGCAUGUUACGCUAGAGGUUUGUUAGACGAUGAUAAAGAAUACAUUGACGCCAUUGUCGAAGCAAGCCAUUGGUCUACUGCGCAGUCGAUGAGGAAAUUAUUUGUCAUAUUACUUACUUCCAACUUGGUCAACCGGCCAGAAAACGUGUGGGAUGUAGUGUGGCAACAUCUUGCAGAAGAUGUACAAUUUAACAAGCGCAAAGUGUUGCAACAAGAAGAUUUGUGUUUGUCCGAUGACGAAAAGAAGAAUUUGGCCUUGAUUGAAAUAGAGCGUUUGUUACAGUCGUACAACAAGUCAUUGAAAGAUUACCCUCAUAUGCCAAUUCCAAACUACGAUGAUGCUGUGCGGUGUGAGAAUCGUUUGUUGUGGGAUGAGCUUGAUUACGACCGUGAGGCAUUGUUAAAGGAGAGUCAAAUAAUGGAGAGCCAAUUGACGGAAGAGCAACAACUUGUGUACGAAACUGUAGUGAACGACGUAGAUCACCAGAAUGGGGGGUUGUACUUUGUCUACGGCUACGGUGGAACUGGGAAGACAUUUGUUUGGAGAGCGUUAUCUGCCAAAAUUCGGUCGAGAGGGGAUAUUGUAAUCAACGUAGCUUCUAGCGGAAUUGCAUCUCUAUUGCUUCCAGGCGGGCGAACAGCACACUCGAGGUUUGCAAUACCAAUUGCAGUCACAGAGGAUUCGACAUGCAACAUCACCCAAGGUAGUAACUUGGCAGAACUGAUUAUACAGUGCAAACUAAUAAUAUGGGAUGAAGCACCCAUGAUGCACAAGCAUUUCUUCGAGGUAUUAGAUAGGACAUUGCGUGAUCUACUGCGGUUCACUGAUAGUAAUGCUGGGAACCGGACGUUUGGAGGCAAAAUAGUAGUACUUGGUGGUGACUUUAGACAAAUUCUGCCAGUGAUCCCUAAAGGUACACGCCAAGACAUCGUUUCAGCUUCAAUAAACUCUUCAUACCUUUGGGAAUCAUGUCAAGUGCUAAGGUUAACAAAGAAUCUUAGACUUUCAAACAAGGAAUCAACAGUUGAGAGCAAAACAGUUCAAGAAUUUGCAUCCUGGCUAGCUGCUAUAGGAGAUGGCACAAUGGGAGGACCUAAUGAUGGGUAUUCGAACGUUCUCAUCCCUGAUGAAAUGUUGUUGCCAGCUAAUGGUAAUGACAUAGCCACAAUUGUUGAGAGUACAUUUCCACUGUUUAAGGAAGGCGGUUGCCAGCUACAAUACAUAUCAGAUAGGGCAAUUUUGGCACCCACACUAGACGUUGUCAAUGCAAUAAAUGAGUAUAUGACUGAUUUGCAUGUGGCGGAGAGCAAGACAUAUCUAAGCUGCGAUACUGUGUGUAAAUCUGAUGCUGGCAAUGGUAUCCUCGCUGAUAUGCACACUCCUGAGUUCCUCAAUGGCUUGAAAGCGUCUGGCAUACCUAACCAUUCUUUAACUUUAAACGUUGGAUCUCCGGUUAUGUUGUUGAGAAACAUAGAUCACUCAUUGGGUCUAUGUAAUGGUACAAGACUUAUCAUCACCAGAUUAUCUGAUCAUGUUGUGGAGGCAAAGAUUGUUUCAGGGAAUAAUGCAGGUCAGAUUGUCUUGAUACCAAGGAUGUCAAUGACCCCAACUGAUACAAGAUUACCUUUUAAAUUUCAAAGAAGACAAUUCCCGUUGAUGCUAUCAUACGCAAUGACUAUCAACAAAAGUCAAGGACAAACACUGACACACGUGGGCUUACUAUUAAGGAAACCGGUCUUUGUUCAUGGUCAACUAUACGUGGCGGCUUCAAGGAUUAGCAACCCGAAAGGUCUACGUUUGUUGAUAGCAAAUGAAGAUACUGACAGUAGUAAUUAUACUACAAAUGUUGUGUACCAUGAAGUUUUUAAUAAUUUGUAA